UUUUUGAAGCAAAAGUAUAUAUACACACAAACAUACAUAGUAACACUUGUGUACAUACUUUUGACAUGUUGGUAUAUGUACACAUUAUCUCGUGUCAUGUAUACCGUUACUCACGCUUCAAAGUGAAAUGAAGAAGAUUGUAAGCAGCAAUAAUAAUACGACAAUAGAUGGAUAUCUUAUAACGAAAUUAGAAUAUUUUCGGAAGCUUGCGAAUAUAACAACAUUAGGUGACUGAGAAACAGUCCUUCAUUUGGUUUGGCAGAGGUAUGUACGAACAUAUCUCUCACAUACGGACAGUUCAACUGUGGGAAAAACUUCUGCACUUCUGAAUAAUCUAUCAAUCGUUUUCAAUUAUAUAGAACAUUUUAUUGCUUAUUUUCUCAAAUUUAUUGAAGGAAAAUUUGCCCAUCAUGAUACACAUUGUUUUGCGAGCACCAUGGUUCAUCUCAUUUGCGAUUAUAAUUACUUUGUUCCAGGUUUUUCAAAUUGCAAUAACGCACAUCCCGUAUCCAUUCAAUAUAGUUGGAAAUGAAAUGCAGGCUUUAUACAUUCAAAAAGAUACCUAUGUGUGCAAUGGUGGAAACUGGCAAAAUAUAGGAAGAAUGGACAAUAAAACAAGAGAUAAAGACAGAAACGAGAAUUUAUCCAAAAAAUAUAAUACAAUUAUGAAUGAAACAAAUAAUGAUUAUAUUACAUUAACAAGCACUUCAUUCCUACAAAGGAUACAAAAAUUCAUAUUAAAAAAUGCGCAUAUAUUACUAACAAUAGUCUUAAUAAUAAUAUUAUUUCUCCUAAUCGAAAUCUAUGAAACUCAUAAUUUUGAUAAUGAGAUGACGAAUUCCAAGGAUCGUCGCUAUCAUCCCCGCUUUGAGUCUGCUGAAAACCUUAAUGAAUUUGACUUAGAAGAAAAAGAACAUUCUUCUGUAAAAUAUACUUCUCUAGAGCCCGAAACUUUACUAAAGGCAUUAUAUCAUAAAUUAUGCGAUUAUGCAAACAAUAUAAAAAUUUAGUAAACGAUAUUUUAAUUUCCAUAAUACUCAUUUUAUGUACA